AUGAAGCUUUUUGUGGCGCUGUGGAUUGGAAACUUCCUGCAGUUUUGCCAAGCCGCCCUCUACACUAAUGACUGGGCCCUAAGGAUAAACGGAGGUGUAAAAUCUGCGACCAGGAUAGCGGAGAAAUAUGGAUUCACAAAUAUGGGACGGAUUGGAGAGCUGAGGAAUCAUUACAUCUUUCGCCACCGCACAAUGGCAGCACGGUCCACGGCGCCCAACAAUACAGUAACAGCUCACGUCGCCAUGGAGACCAAGGUGGAAUGGCUCCAACAACAGGUGAUCCGGAAAAGAGUGAAAAGAACUUUGUACUCCUUCAGCAAAAAGAACUCCCACAGUGCAGAUGCUCUUCACCACUUCCAUCACACCCGCUUGCAGCACAACGAGUACCAGCAGUGGUACAAUAUCAACUGGAACGACGAAGAAGAGCUUGCAUUGUGUUUGCGGGAUAAAGGCAUGAGUGAAACACUAGUUGUUGCGACUAAUUUGGAUGUGCUACUAUUUGCUACGCAGCUCUGCAGUGAUGACUCCAAAGGCUGCCGGCCCCCCAUGAACAUCGCCGGGGCCUGGGGGAGGGGCUACACGGGCAGGGGUGUGGUCGUGUCCGUUUUAGAUGAUGGCAUCGAUGGAGAGCACCCAGACUUGAAAAGAAAUUACGACGCUCUCGCCAGUUUUGAUGUGAACGGACAAGAACGACAUCCUUCGCCGAGUUAUUCCGUGAUGGCUGCCAACUAUCAUGGGACUCAGUGUGCAGGAAUGGUGGCCGCCGCCAUUGCUGCAAACCACUCCACGUGCACCAUGGGAGUGGCUUUCCACACAAGGAUAGGAGGCGUCCGGAUGCUGGAUGUACCGAAUGGAGAAGUGACGGACACGGCAGAGGCGCAGGCACUGAGCUUCAAACCACAACAUGUUGACAUCUACUUGGCCAGCUGGGGACCAGAUGAUGACGGCGCCACUGUGGACGGACCCGGACCCCUGACUCGCCUUGCUUUGCAGAAUGGCAUCCAAACUGGCCGACACGGGCGGGGCUCUGUUUACGUAUGGGCGGCGGGAAGCGGCGGUCACAGAGGUGACCACUGCUCAUGUGACGGCUACAGCAACAGCAUCUACACCAUCUCCAUCGGCAGUAGCAGCGGCCGGGUCCUCCGGAACCAGCCGGACCACCAGGAGAGGUGCUCGUCCACGCUUGCCACGGCCUCCACCGCAGAUGAGAUCAGUCCAUCCAUGUUGGCUCCACAUCAGAGCUGCGGUGCGGCUAAUUGGGGCCCGGCCCUCUCUGCCUCAGCGGCGGCGGGCGUCAUCGCACUCACCCUGGAGGCCAAUCCUCUGCUCACCUGGAGAGACAUCCAGCACAUCAUCGUUCGGACGUCGGAUACUCGCCAGCUUGUGGCGUCAGACUGGCAAACGAAUGGCGCCGGACACAAAGUGAGCCACCUGUACGGCUUCGGCUUGCUGGAUGCCGAGAGGAUGGUACUACAGGCGAAGCGAUGGCGGCGGGUCCCCCCGCAGAGUGCGUGCACGGUAGAGGCGCCCGCUCCGUUAAAGAGAAUGCUGGAUGCGGGAAGGGCGCUGACAUCAGUGUUGGAGACGUCCGGCUGCUCUGCUUCAUCCCAACGGCAGCAGCACGUGGCCUUCGCAGAGCACGUGGUCGUGCGUGUCACAGUGGCUUGCUGUCGCCGUGGCGACCUUUCCAUUGCGCUCACAUCGCCCUCGGGCACCGUGUCACAGCUUCUCGAUAAAAGGCCUCAUGACAACUCCACUGAGGGUUUUCACCAGUGGGAAUUCAUGACAACUCACUGCUGGGGGGAGCGGGCGGAUGGGGAAUGGACCUUGAACAUCCGUGACUCUCCCUCUCAAGGGAGGGAAAACUCUCAAGCGGGGACACUGGAAGAGUGGUCUCUGGUGAUUUACGGCACCGCACGGCAGCCAUAUCCCGCUCGGCGCAGGCCGGCGCGGUCGGCCGAGAUACCGAAGGACGCCGACUUCGCUGAAGAAUACACUGGACCCUGCGACCCAGAGUGCAGCGACGACGGCUGCGAGGGUCCCGGCCCUCUGCAAUGUGUCACAUGUGCCCACUUUUUCCUUAAAUUCAAGAACAACACAAGAAUGUGCGUGUCCGGGUGUCCAUGGGGAUUCUGGGGUGAUAGGCGCCGUUGCAAGCGCUGCUACGCCACCUGCGAGAGUUGCACAGGAAGUCGCAGUGACCAGUGCACUUCCUGUCAAGCCGGAUAUCACCUGACCGAGGGGACCAACACCUGCACCACCGUCUGCGAGGAGAGCUACUUCCUGGACCACGAUGGAAAUAUGUGCAGAAAAUGCAGCGAGAAGUGCUCGAGGUGCACGUCCUCCAGCGUCUGCACGGAAUGCAAAGCAGACGCGAGACUGCGUGGGAACCGGUGCCAGCGACGUUGCGCGUCAGGAAUGUACCUCGACGAGGCUGAGGGCCUUUGCAAAGCUUGCCACCGGGUGUGCACCGCCUGUGCAGGCGCCGGCGUAGAGGCGUGUACGCAGUGCGCGGAGGGCUACCUGAUGGAGGAAUGGAGGUGCGUUCCCUCCUGCAGCAGCGGCUUCUUCGCCACAAACCCGGAAAUGGCAGACGGGCGCUGGGUGUGUAGGAGGUGCGACGCCAGCUGUCUCACCUGUGUCGGGCCGGGCCGGGCCAACUGCAGCAGCUGUUCCAGCGGCCACAGCCUGCAGGAGGGCGAGUGUGUUCUCCACACGGCGUGCGCAGAUGGGGAAUACCAGGCCAAUGACGGGAUGUGCCGCCCGUGUCACCCGACAUGCUUGAAGUGCACGGGACCGCAGCAUCUAGACUGCAUCAACUGCGGCGCUUCACACGCUCUGGACGAGGGUCGCUGCCUGGCGGAGUGCUCCCGAGGCAAGUACCAGUCGGGUGGGCAGUGCCACCUGUGUGACCACACCUGUGCAACCUGUGUGGAGGCGGGGCCUGCCAACUGUACUAGCUGUGUCACCGAUAAGUUCGGAAUGGAGCGUUACCUCCACAAAGGCAGCUGCGUGGACGCCUGCCCCGAGGCCUUCUACCACACCGACGAGUGGAGCUGCGAGGCCUGCUCGCAGGGCUGCACGCUCUGCACGAGCGCCGCCCACUGCCUGAGGUGCAACUCGUCCCACUCCGUGUCCGACGGCGCCUGUGUCAAGCUGGAGUGCGGCGAAGGGGAAGUUGAAGAUCCAGAUUACAGCGACUGCAUGGCCUGCGAGGAGGGCUGCAGGCAGUGUGUCUUGUAUAACCCCAGGCAUUGCCUGUCCUGCAAAGAAGGCUUUUACAACUUCCAGGAUGGCUGCUACAAAAACUGCCCCGCCAAGACGUACAACGUGGACGUGGACAUGACCUGCGUCCCGUGCGACAGCAACUGCGUCAGCUGCGACCAGGACGAGUGCUACUGGUGCGAAACGGACCUCUUCCUGUCAGAGGGAAAAUGUGUGUCCGUGUGCCCUGAGGGAUUUUACGGUGACGAGGACACCAACGACUGCGAGGAGUGCCACGCCGAAUGCACGACGUGCAGCGGCCUUGGGGACGACGACUGCGCGUCGUGCGGUGAUGGCAAAAUACUGGAGAACGGACAGUGCGUGACUGAAGGCGACGUCUGUCCCGUUCUGACCUUUCGCAGCGGCGAUGGCGAAUGUGUGGAGUGCCAUCCAUCGUGCGAGUCCUGCUCUGGACAAAACAAGAACCAGUGCAGCAAAUGUACAAAAGGACGCUUUCUGAGCCCUCAGCAAACGUGUGUGUCAAAAUGUCCGCCGGGUUCGUUCGGCGACCGACUGAGCGGCGAGUGCGAGGCGUGCCGCGCCGGCUGUUUGCACUGCGUGGACCUUGAGCGCUGCACCCGCUGCCUGAGCCGCCCCACAGCGGUGUUGUUCCUGCAGGACGGCCAAUGUGUCCAGCAGUGUGUCAGAGGUUAUCCCGUCGGUCAGGUGUGUCGAAGCUGCGUGUCGGGCUGCGUGUCCUGCGAGAAGAACUCCACCUACUGCCUGAGCUGUGAAGAACCCCUGCUGCUGCUCAAUCACCGGUGUGUGGAGCAGUGUCCCGCGGGUCACACGGUCCACAUCCAGGAUUGCCGACGCUGCCCCGCGGCCUGUGAAGAGUGCAGCCCCCUUGGAGAGUGCACAGCCUGUGAGGAGUAUCACUUCCUCCACGAGGGUGCGUGCAUGCCCGACUGCCCCGAUCGCUUCUUCGGCGAUAACGAGCGGCGGGAGUGUCUGCGCUGUCGCGCCGACUGUCGCUCGUGCGACGGCCCCGGACGCGACGACUGCGACGCUUGUGAGGACCCCCGGGCCGCACUACGCGACGGAGAUUGCGUGACCCCGUGUCCCGCUCGGACCUUCAUGGAUGACGCCACGGGAGAGUGUCAACAGUGUGACGUCUCCUGCCUCACCUGCGUGGGGCCCUUGGCCGGCUCCUGCUCUGGCUGCAGAGAGGGCCACAGACUGGAGGGUCGCGGACUGGAGGGUCGCGGCCAAUGCGUGCCGUCGGCCGACGAGUGCUCGCCGCACGAGUACGUCGACGAGCGCGAGGAAUGCCAGCCGUGCCACAAGAACUGCCGCCGCUGCUCCGGCCCGGGGAAGAACCACUGCUUGAGCUGCAAGCAGAGACGUCUUCUACAAAAUGGCAGCUGCAUUGACGAAUGUCCGCCAAGUUUCUACGCCGACGAGUUGCGGCAGAAAUGCGAAGCGUGCCACCCGACUUGUCAGUCCUGCGCCGGGAAGCGUAGCCACGAGUGUCUGGCCUGCAAGGACCGGCUCUUUCGCCACGACAACGAGUGCGUGGAGACGUGUCCACACAGUCACUAUGGCAACCAGGCCUCAAGGGCGUGUGAGCCAUGCGACCCCACUUGCAGCGAGUGUUCGGGGGACGGGGACUGCCUGAGCUGCGCACCGGGACUGGUUUUCAUGCCGCGGGAAGGCCGCUGCCUCCACGCCUGCCCUCGCGGAUUCUAUCACCACCGAGAUGAUGACGACGACGCGUACGCUACGUGCGAGCGUUGCCACGGCAACUGCGCAACGUGCUCAGGUCAGCGACACGACGCGAUGAUAUUGAUGACAUCGUAGAAAUGGAAAAUUAACGACGACAGCGGUGCCUUGAGAGAUGAGUGACCCGACU